GAGCCCGCUACCUUCCAAGCUAGAGUACAAAAAACUGCAGAGAAGAAGCACUGUCCUAUGAGAGGCUGAGGAUUGCUGUCUGCUCAAAACUCAUCGCAGUUUUCCAUGCCAUGUCCUCUCGCUCUUCCCUUUCCUCUCCUUCUUCUUCGUCUUCUCUGUCUAUCUCCUUGUUCCUGAGACUGUAAGGAAAGCAGCAGAGCCACCAGAAGAAGAGCAGCGCCGCCCAAGAUGUCCAUUUCCAUGGCCUUGUUCUCCCCUCCCGCGCCCAACCUCAGGACCCUCCUCUCCUCCCCUCGCUCCCUCCCCAAACCCCGCCUCACCCACAAGCCCUCUCUCUCCCUCAUGCCCAAAGCGCCCGCCUUUUUCGCCGUCAACGCUUCCUCCGACAAUGGGGCCGGGGCCGUCCCGUCGUCGGCCGUGGCCGUGGAGGAGCAGGGGGAGCCCAAGGUGGCGGUGGAGCCGGCGAAGGAGCCGGAGAGAGAAAAUGGGUCCGUGGCCUCUGCUUCUGAGGAGGGAGCUGUGGCUGUCGCCAAGUUUAAUGACUCGAGAUGGGUUGGUGGGACUUGGAAUUUGAAGCAGUUUCAGAAGGAUGGCUCGACUGAUUGGGAUGCUGUCAUCGAUGCUGAGGUUAGGAGGAGAAAAUGGCUUGAAGACAACCCCGAGUCAUCCAGUAAUGAUGACCCUGUAGUUUUCGACACCUCUAUCAUUCCAUGGUGGGCUUGGAUGAAGAGGUUCCCUCCCGAGGCUGAACUACUCAAUGGUCGGGCAGCAAUGAUAGGAUUCUUCAUGGCUUAUUUGGUGGAUAGCUUGACCGGAGUCGGCCUGGUUGACCAAAUGGGAAACUUCUUUUGUAAGACUCUAUUAUUCAUAGCUGUAGUAGGAGUUCUGGUAAUAAGAAAGAACGAGGACGUCGAGACCAUAAAGAAGCUUAUUGAGGAAACGACCUUCUAUGACAAGCAAUGGCAAGCUACAUGGCAGGAUGAUAAUUCUGGCAGUUCAAAGAAUGGCUAGUGAAAAAUCCAUGGUUGUUACCAGGAGAGCGUCUCAAGAUGACUUGGCAUUUUUGCGGUAGAAUGUUUUUACCAUCUAUUGCGUGUUUGAAUAUGUUACAGUAUAACAUUCGGAACCGAUGUAUCUUUUUGGGGGAAGAAGGCGUUAUAAGCAAUUUAGUGGCAAUUUCUAGUUCCUGUUUACAGCUGGUUUUAAAUCAUAAACACCGUGACUAAGUAGCACAUCCUCUUUCUUGUGGUGAAAACUGUCUUUGGUGGA